AUGAAGUUUACCGCUUCCGUUGUUUUGACCGUCGCUGCGGCCGGCUCCCUAGCCGCUGCCCAGCCUCACAGACACAAUCACCAUCGCCAUCAUCAUGUGAAGCGCGCCCCAGACGCAACCGAAGUCGUCGUCGUUGCUGGACCAACCGUCUAUGCGUAUGAGUUGGAUGGUGAACUUAUUGACGGGAAGGAAGCCUGCAAAGGUAUUAAAGAUGGGUCCUUGCAGUGGGCCGAUCCAGCUGUCUCGGACGACGCUUGCGCUCCACAACCCUCAGUCACCGCGCUCAAGGCGGGUGAAUUCUACGAGAAGCCCGAACCAACUCCUACCCCGUCCCCGAGCAUUGACCCUCCUAAGGUUGAAAUUCCUAAGAUUGAAAUCCCAAAGGUGGAAAUCCCAAAGGUGGAAAUUCCCCCCAUUUCCAUCCCCAAACCACCACCACCACCGCCAAUGGGCGGCUCCGGGCUCGACAGCGAGUUCCCUGACGGAAAGAUUUCCUGCUCUGAAUUCCCGUCGGAUUACGGCGCCAUCUCUUUGGACUGGCUUGGUCUUGGCGGAUGGAGUGGUAUUCAAUAUGUCACCGUGAAAGACUCCUCAGUUACCGAUAUUCGCACCGGCAUCGAGGGUGAUAGGUGUGAGGAUGGAUCCAUGUGCUCUUACGCUUGUCCUCCUGGUUACCAAAAGACCCAGUGGCCUUCGACUCAAGGUGCGACUGGCCAGUCGGUUGGUGGCUUGGAAUGUUCCGGUGGCAAGCUCCGCCUCACAAACCCAUCCCUCUCUAAGAAGCUUUGUAUGAAGGGUGCCGGUGGCGUCGAGGUCAAGAAUACUAUGAACAAGGUCGUUGCCGUUUGCCGUACCGAUUACCCUGGCACUGAAUCCGAAACUGUCCCACUUUCUGCCACACCAGGCUCCACCCAGCCGCUAACAUGCCCUGAUGCUGGCAGCUACUAUGUCUGGGAGAAUAAGCCCACCUCCGCUCAGUAUUACGUCAACCCCAAGGGAGUCUCGAUCCAAGAGGGCUGCCAAUGGGGUGAUGGAAGCCGCCCAAUCGGCAACUUCGCUCCUAUCAACUUGGGCGUUGGCAAGCGGGAUGGAGCGACUUUCAUCUCCAUUUUUCAGAACAAACCAACCACCAACGCGAAGCUUGACUUCAAAAUUGAGAUCCAAGGCAGUGAUCUGGGUGGAAAGUGCAAGUAUGAGAACGGCUUGUUCUGGGACGCGAAUGGAUCCAAUGAGGAUGGGUGCACCGUCAACGUUAGAUCAGGCACUGCAACCUAUGUGUUCAGCGACUAA